CUUUGGGCAUUGUUACACUUCAUUAUGCCCAGUCUGUUUGAUUCGCACGACGAGUUCGCCAACUGGUUCUCUCGCGACAUCGAAUCUCAGGUAACGGCUUCGUCGAACACAGCCAGCAGUGCAACUAGCUCCCUCGCCACUUCGAAAUUAAACGAGAACCAGUUAUCUCGCCUGCAUUUGAUUCUGAAACCAUUUAUGCUUCGUCGAACCAAAACCGAGGUCGAGCACGAGAUAUCGGCAAAAACGGAAAUCAUGCGCUAUUGCCCUCUUAGUCGUCGCCAACAGCUCCUUUACGCUCGGCUGAGGAACAAGAUUCGCUUGGAAGAUCUUAGCUCGGUCAUUGGAUCCAGCGGCUCUUCUGGGGUCAGCUCCACACAUGGACUUCUCUCCGAGAACACGGGCGCAUCAGCCACCGCUCAUCUCAUUAAUUUGGUCAUGCAAUUACGCAAAGUUUGCAACCAUCCGGAUUUGUGGGAACGCCGUGAGACGCGUUUCUCGUGCAUUACGGGGUGCUUUGAUCUUUCUCCAGAAUCUGCAUUACUUUCUCAUAGCCAUCCUGCGGGUUUUCACGGUGUAUGGAGUCUUCCUAGGCUGUUCUACAAUUGUGGUUUGGUGGCGCCGUUUUGCUGCACCAAUUCGUACUCAUUCUCUGACUCAAUGCUCGGGCCGUUCACUACCCGAUGGCCAUUCAUGCAGCAGCCUUACUUGCUGUCCGAAAAAAUCGCGAUGAUUAUCCGUCUUUUUGCGAUCUUUCAUCCAUCUUACAUACAAGAGGAUUUAUGGCACCGUGAUGCCAUCGAAACUGAAAUUGAGUCACCAACCAAAGACUCCGCGAAUCACGUGAUGAAAUGCUUCUCUUUCGCUCGACUCAUGGGGCUGUCUCCGUGUGAGAUGGCAAUGGCCGUUUCCAGUUUUGGUACGUUUCUUCUCUCAGAUACAAGUAGGAGACGUGUCAACGAACUGGUAGCCCUCGCCCACCUACUACGCGAUACGCCUCCACAUUUGAGUGAUUCCGACGCGUCCGCGAUGCAUUCCGGUAGCCCGAAGUUGUCUCCGUCCACUGGAUCACCUUUGCUUCUAUUCCCCUUGUUUCCUGCCAGCGCCGAGUACCUUUGCCCAGCGUUGAUUUCCACACGCGUUAACAUGUCUCAGUUUUGGCUGUGGGAUCGUCAGCUACGUUCUGAUUUGUUAGUACCCCGCAAUCAAGCCGGCGAAUGGACACCACUGACGACUGGUCAUCGCGAGUCAAUGGCUGUUGUUGUAUCUCGUGGUUCGUUGCUGGUGCCAACUAUUCUCGUCCCCAAGGUUUGUUUUUCAACCACGCACCAAUUUCUAAUCCUCAUCUUAUUAAACGCG